UCCAGCAGCAUUCGCAGGACACGAUGAUGAUGGAGCGGGGCAUGUCGCCGGAGCCGCGCGGAGGAAGCCCCAAGCGCGCUCGCGGGGGCUCCAUGAAGUCCUCCUCGGAGGAUGGCAAUGGCUCCCAGUCGAGUGCCAGGUUUCUUGUCUCCAAUGCGGAGGCUGGAUCUGUCAUAGGCAAAGGAGGCGCGACUAUAAGCGAUUUGCAGUCACAGUCGGGAGCUCGCAUCCAGCUCUCUCGUAGCCAGGAUUUUUUUCCGGGAACAACAGACCGCGUUGUAGUUCUCAGUGGAGCUAUCAACGAUGUUCUCACGGCUCUUAACCUUAUUCUUUCUAAGAUCCAGAAAGAGACGGAAGACGACAGCCAAACUGAUAGCAAGCCAAAUCAACUUCGACUUGUUGUGCCAAACAGUGUUUGUGGAGCCAUAAUUGGCAAGGGGGGUGGAACCAUCAAAUCAUUCAUCGAGGACUCGGAAGCAAGCAUUAAGCUGUCCGGCAUACUACAGGGAAUUAGUGACCGCCUGGUUACCAUCACAGGCAGCAUUGAGCAGCAGCUCAAGGCCGUGGAACUUAUUCUCACGAAGUUGCUCGGGGAUUCUAGCUAUCUUGAUUAUGCUGCAGCUCCUCUUUCUUACACAGGGUGUAUAGGACUUCCACAGAACAGAGUAGGCCGCAACAUCGCAUCUGCCAUUCCGUCCAACGUAGGACCUGCAAGCAAGGGGAUGAUGACUCCAAUACUGCCUAUGAGAGCGCCAUACCCGGUGCUCCUUCCCGUGCUCGAGUCCUGCCCUGUCACGACCUCCAUUACGCUGGCUGUUCCCGACGAACACAUUGGAGCCAUUGUUGGUCGCGGCGGAAAGACUCUCGGAGAGAUUCAACAGGCUAGUGGUGUUACUAUCAAGAUUUCAGAGCGUGGGGAUUUUGUUUCAGGCACAAAAAAUAGGAAGGUGACAUUGGUGGGAACAGCUGAGGGUUUACAGAUUGCACAAUUUUACUUGACAGCGAAGGUUCAAGCCGCGUCCGAUCGCGAGAGGUGAGAACCCAAUGUCGAAAAAAAAAGAGAGCUUUUGUUCUUGACAUAAUACAUUCUCUUGUGUUAGGAAAGAUCUAGCUACUUAUAAAAAUGUACUGACUAGGCACAUAAAGGUUUUCUUAUAAUCAAGCUUUUCUUGCUAACA